AUGCUAGCGGCGAUUCACACAACACAUACAUAUUCCAAUAUACAAUAUAGCCUCGCCGGUUUUGCACUUUUGCUCCAACUUCGAGGUUUAGUCAAGGCUUUUUAAAUUGGUGAAAUUGGAUAAUGGCUGGGAAGAUCAUGCAUGCUGUCCAAUACAACUCUUAUGGUGGUGGAGCCUCUGGCUUAAAGCAUGUGGAAGUUCCUGUGCCUACUCCGAAGAAGGAUGAGGUCUUGCUAAAACUGGAGGCUACAAGCAUAAAUCCUGUUGACUGGAAAAUUCAGAAGGGCAUGCUUCGUCCACUUCUUCCUCCCAAGUUUCCUUAUAUUCCUACUACCGACGUGGGAGGAGAGGUUGUAGAGGUAGGAUCCAAUGUAAAAAGUUUCAAGGCCGGUGACAAGGUUGUAGCUAUGCUCAAUAUCUGGAGUGGAGGUGGAUUUGCUGAAUAUGCGGUGGCUAAGGAGAGUUUGACUGUUCCAAGGCCCGCCGAAGUAUCAGCUGCAGAAGCUGCAGGUCUUCUUGUUGCAGGUCUUACAGCUCAUCAGGCCCUUGCCAAUCCUGCUGAGGUCAAGCUCGAUGGAACUGGACCCCGGAAGAACAUUCUAGUUACUGCUGCCUCCGGUGGUGUCGGUCACUAUGCAGUUCAAUUGGCAAAACUUGGCAACACCCAUGUUACUGCUACCUGUGGAGCCCGCAACUUUGAUUUUGUGAAGAGCUUAGGAGCAGAUGAGGUUCUUGAUUACAAGACCCCAGAGGGAGCAGCUCUUAAGAGUCCAUCAGGCCAAAAAUAUGAUGCGGUGAUUCACUGUACAAUGGGCAUCCCUUGGUCUACCUUUGAGCCUAAUUUAAGCACGAAUGGAAAGGUCAUCGAUCUGACUCCUGGACCUAGCGCCAUGUGGACCUUUGCAUUAAAAAAAUUAACCUUCUCAAAGAAGCAGUUGGUGCCACUGCUUGUAAGUCCCAAGAAGGAGAACCUGGAGUUGCUUGUUAGGCUAGUGAAGGAAGGGAAACUUAAAACAGUCAUCGACUCGAAACAUCCUCUCAGCAAGGCUGAAGAUGCUUGGAGCAGGAGCAUUGAUGGACAUGCGACAGGAAAGAUCAUCGUGGAGCCAGAGUAAAUGUCAUCCAAAUGAUGUUAUGUUAUAUAUAUGUGUGUGUGGAAUAAAAGGUUUGUGAGGCAUGUAUAUGAUGACAAGUAAAUCUGUUCAGCUGUAACAACUUUCAUUUGCCUUAUAUGGAUGUGCAGUGUGUCAACUGGUUUUCCCUUUCA